UGGACACGACAAGAGGGACGCGCGUCGUUUAUGUCAAGCAAAUGUCAACUUUCCAGAGAGAAAAUGAAGCAGCUAAGUCUCUGUUCAGGAGGCUUGAGUCUGCAGUUACUCCCAUCGUGUCCGGGGAGUACAGUCACCAUCGGGACAGAGCGGCGAUGGCAUCCCGGAUCUCCUUCACUCAGGCCCGGCUGGAAGCGGAGCUGGAGCGCUACCGGGCCGAGUGCCAGUGGGACAAGAUGCCGGCGAUAGUUGAGCAGAUGCAGGCUGCGCGGAUCCACGAAGACGAUGAUUACGGGACGCUGCUGAUGGCCGAGGCGCUGCUGGAGGAGUGCCUGCUGGAAAACAUGGAUCUGCUACUCAGGUCCAAACCUUUGGUGGACAAAACCCAGCCCAAACUGUGCAAGGCCAAAAGACACCUUAAUACCAUCCUUAGCCGAGGCUGUCUAACACCCCGGUACUUGAACGAGGCUCUGCUGCUGAUGGCCAAAGUGCACUACGUGCAGGGACGCUACCGGGACGCCCAGGGAAUGUGUGCCAGGGUGGGGCUGGAGGAGCUGACGCAGGAUGACCAGCCGACCUACCACCUCCGCCUGCUGGCUGAGGCGUUCGUGAUUAAAGGUCUGUCUCUGGAUCACCAGACGCUGUCUGCCGUGUCCCGUGUUCGUCUUUCUGAGAGAGAGGAGGAGUCCCUGUCCUGUUACCUCAGGGCCUGUGACGCAGCUCUGUCCUACCUGCAGGAGCUCGAUAAGGUUGUAACAACGCCCCACAUCAAGUCAGCCAAAACCAUUUUACUUCACUCACCCAGUGAUAUUGAACUGGGCUACUUCCUACAGGCUGCUUUACAGAGUGCUUACCUUUGUCUGCUGCAUAGGGGGUGAGGGUAGCAACCAUAACAACCAUCUUA